AUGGCUCUGACCGUGUGUGCGGUGACUGACAGGGCUGCCGGGCACCCAUGACCAACAAGUGAGGCUCAGCUUUCGAGAUUCAAUUCUGAGCAGGUUUUAUCCAGAAAACAAGGAGAAUUCACUGUGGUCAAGAAGCAAAUAUCGGUCCGGCUGUUCCGUUGGCCACACUAUGGGGCUCCACUGGCUGGGGAGUGACUGUCUGCACAGGUGGUCAACUGCAGCCGUGUGUUCAGCCCCAGGUCUCUAGGGACGCUGGUGAUCUCCCUGCAGCAGCUACAGACUCCAGGGCAUCUGGUGCUUCAGGAGGCCCUAGUGGAUGAGAAUCUGCACGUGUCCCCGAUCCAGGUUGAGCUUGAUCUGAAGUACCAGCCCCCAGAGGGUGAAACUGGAGCCUGGGCAGAAGAGGACUUUGGAGCACCCAUUCAGGACAGAUCAGAGCUGAUCAUUCCCAAUGUGGGCUUCCAGAAGCUGGAACCUGGGGAGGCCCGGCUGGAGCGGUGGGCAGUGGCAUUGGGCCGCAGGCUAGCUCGAGGAGUAGGUCAGCAGGACGAUGGGGACAAUGAGCUGGAGCUGGAGGAUGAGCCUGAUGUGGAGCUUUCUGGCGUCGCGUUCAGCCCCCUCAAGAGCUGAGCUCGGGGCCUGGCCCGCGGGUAUCCCUUCCAGGUAUCCAGGGCCCAGGACUUCCAGGUGGGGGUCACGGUGCUCGAGGCCCGGAAGCUGGUGGGAGUCAACAUUAAUCCCUAUGUGGCCGUGCGCAUUGGGGAGCAACGCCGAGUGACCGCCACGCAGCGCGGGACAAAUUGCGCCUUCUUCAAAGAAUACUUCUUGUUUGAGUUUCAUGAGACCCGGCUUCACCUCCAGGACUUGCUGCUGGAGAUCACGGUGAGGGGGGUAGGGGUGAGAGGUUUCCGUCAGAGAAGGGGAGAUGCCGAAGCUCCAGGACUAACGCCACUUCCCCAGGCUUUCCAUUCGAAGACCCUCCCCUUUAUGGCCACCCGGAUAGGCACCUUCAGGAUGGACCUGGGCAUUAUCUUCGACCAGCCAGGUACUGAACCCUCCCCUCACGAUGGCCACUUCUAUCAGAAAUGGGCUUCUCUGCACGACCCCCGGGAUACACUCGCCGGGAAAGGCUUCGUCAAGGUCACUUUGUCCGUGAGGGCGCGCGGGGACCUGGCCCCUCUGCUGCCACCCCCGGGCCCUGGCCACAGUUCGGACAUCGAGAAGAACCUGCUGCUGCCGCGUCGGGUGCCAGCGGAGAGGCCGUGGGCGCGGCUGCGAGUGCGCGUGUACCGCGCCGAGGGGCUUCCGGCGCUGCGCCCCGGCCUGCUGGGCAGCCUGGCCCGCGCCCUGCACGACCAGCGUGUCCUCAUGGACCCCUAUGUGCGGGUGUCUUUCCUGGGGCAGCAGGGCGAGACGUCAUUGCGUGGCGAGGCGACAGCUCCCGAGUGGAACGAGCAGCUGAGCUUCGUGGAGCUCUUGCCGCCGCUGACGCGCGGCCUUCGUCUGCAGCUACGGGACGACGCGCCCCUGGUCGAUGUGGCCCUCGCCACGCACGUGCUGGACCUGAGGCAGAUCUCGCCUCCUGGCCGGGCUGCGGGGUUUAACCCCACCUUUGGCCCGGCCUGGGUCCCUCUCUAUGGCUCACCCCGCAGUGGGGGGCUCCGGGAUGGUCCUCAAAGUCUCAAUGAAGACGUUGGCCAAGGCAUUUGGUUCCGCGGCCGCCUGCUGGUGCCUGUGUCCGUGGAAGUGUUGGAAGGGAGAGCUGAACCUGAGCCUCCCCGGGCCCCACAGGGGUCCAGGUUGUCCCGGCUCAUGGGAAAGAAGAAGAAAGCCAGGCGCAGCCAGACUCCAGCGAGGAUUCAGCAGCACCCGGAUGCCAGCUCCAGUGCUGAUGCGCCUGAGAUUCCUAGUGCGAUGGAGGUGGAGGUGGAGGUGGAGGAGUUGCUGCCGCUGCCAGAGAACGCCCUGGCGCCCUGCAAAGAUUACUUGCUCCUCACUGUGCUCUUCAAGGCCACCAUGAUAGACCCCGCCAUGGCCUCCCAGCCCAUCAGCUUCGAGAGUUCCAUUGGUCACGCAGGUCUCUGGAAGGAGCAAUUGAGCUGAGGGUCCAGGGCCAGGGAGGCAGCAGAGGGUGCAGAAGGGGAGGCACAGCCUCUGCUGGAAUUGGAAGUGGGAGUCGGGCCAGUGGAGGAGGAGGAGCUGGGGACCCCUGCUCAGCGGCCUGAGCCCAUGGAAGGCAGCAGCGGCCAGGACUGCCCCUCCUUCUGCUUGCCCCUGCGUCACCACAAGCCCUGCGUGCAUGUGUGGAGCCACUGGGAGGACCACUCGUGGAGCCUGCAGAGCACUAACUGCAUGCAAAAAGUGGCUGAGAGGCUGGUGAGAGUCCAGGAUAUAGGGGCUUUCGGGAGCCUUGGACCCGGGGGCUGCAGGAGGUUGAGUCUGCAGCGCAGGCCCACUUCCGGGGCCUGCACACGGCUGAAGCAGGCACUGGAAGAGCUGGUGGCUGGGAGCAGACAGUUUUGCCGCGGUGUUGAGCACAGGACAAUGACUCGGCCCAACACGCUGGAUCGAUGCAGAUGCCGAGGGAAACAGCUGGUGUAUAGCCUGAACCUGUUGGCAAAGCAAGGACUGCGGCUCCUUCGGGGCCUGAGACAGGGCAACGUGCAAGAGAAGGUGGCACUGGCCAAGAAGCUCCUGGUGAAACUACGCUUCCUGGCCCAGGAGUUAAUGCCUCUUCUCUGCCUGCAGCCCCAGCAAUCCCUCCUGGAUGUGCUGGUCUGGAUGCUCAGUGGGCGGCGCCAUGUGGCCUGGGCCCGGUCCCCCGCCCAGGAUGUGCUGUUCUCUGUGGUGGAGGAGGAUUGGGGCCGGGGCUGUGGGAAGAUCCAGAGUCUGCUGCUCACAGCACCUGGGGCAGCCGCUGGCGAGGUCCGUGCCAAGCUGGAGCUCUUCCUGGGGCUGGAGCUGGGCAAGCAAGCCAAGGCCUGCACCUCAGAGCUCCCCCCGGACCUGCUGCCUGAGCCCUCGGCUGGGCUGCCCCUCAGCCUGGACCGGGACCACUUCAGCUACUUCCAGCUCCGGGCUCCCUUGUACCAGGCCCGAGGUGUGCUGGCAGCAGAUGACAGUGGGCUCUUGGACCCCUUUGCUCGAGUCCUCAUCUCUACCCAGUGCCAGACCACACGGGUCCUGGAGCAGACGCUGAGCCCUCUGUAGGAUGAACUCGUGGUGUUUGAUCAGUUAAUCGUGGGCGGGAAGAGGCAGCACCUGCAGGAGGAGCCCCCACUGGUGAUUGUCAAUGUCUUUGACCACAAUAAGUUUGGCCCCUCUGUGCUCCUGGGCGGGACGCUGGCCGCCCCGAGGGUAAAGCUGAUGGAGGACCCUUACCAGCGUCCUGAGUUGCAGUUCUUCCCCCUGAGGAAGGGGCCCCGGGCAGCCGGGGAGCUCAUCGCCACCUUUGAACUCAUUGAACUGGACUACAGUAGCUGACUUGAGCCCUCAGUGCCUAGUGAUGUGGAGCCCCAGGACCUGACUGCCCUGGUUGAGCCCCUCUCCGGACGCCUAUCCCUGCCACCGCACGUGCGCCCAGUGCUUAGGGAGUUCCAUGUUGAGGUACUGUUCUGGGGUCUGAGGGGCCUUGGCCAUGUGCAUCUGUUUGAGGUGGAGCAGCCCCACGUUGUGCUGGAGGUGGCCGGUCGGCGAGUGGAGUCCGAAGUCCUGACCAGUUACCGUGAGAACCCCAAUUUCACUGAGCUCAUCAGGCAUCUGACAGUGGUCCUCUCUCCCUACCCCCAGGACUUGCCAGAGCAGCCUUAUCUGCAGCCCCUCAGCAUCCUGGUGAUUGAGUGCCAGGCCUUUGGCCGCACAGUGCUCGUGGGUUCCCACAUUGUCCCCCAUAUGCUGAGAUUCACACUCCGGGGUCAGGAGGAUCCCCCUAAGGAGGAAGGAGAGGAGGAGACAGGGGACCUGGUGCCCAAGAUACCUCAAGAACAGAGGUCCCGGGAUCCCUUCUUGGCUGAAGUGGGGAUACCCAGGCGGCUCCUAAAGGCUCCUCUGAAGAAGCUCCCUCUGGGAGGCCUCCUGAAUCAAGGCGCAGAGCUGGAGGAGGACAUCCCAGAUCCUGAAGAGCUCGACUGGUGGUCCAAGUACUAUGCAUCUCUUCAGGAGCUCCAGGGGCAGGCCCCUCAGACCAACUUUGAUGAGGAUGAAAUGGAUGAUGCUGGGGAUUCAGAUGGGGGCAAUCUCCUUUCUGUGGAUGGGGAAGCCCAAGACCAGGGUAAGGCUGAAGUCAAAGGCUCUGUGUCCCAAAAAGAAGCAAUCGCCACUCUGAAGAUUUACAACAGCUCCCUGGAAGAAGAGUUUAACCACUUUGAAGUCUGGCUGAAUGUGUUUCCCCUGUAUCGAGGGCAAGGGGGUCAGGAUGGAGAUGGAGAGGAAGAAGGGUCUGGAAACCUUGUGGGCAAGUUCAAGGGCUCCUACGUCAUUUACCCUGAAUCAGAGGCAGUGUCCUUCUCUGAUCCCCAGAUCUCCAUGGGGAUCCCACAGAAUCGGCCCAUCAAGCUCCUAGUCAAAGUAUAUGUUGUAAAGGCUACCAACCUGGCUCCUGCGGACACCAACGGCAAAGCAGACCCCUAUGUGGUGGUGAGCGCUGGCCGGGAGCGGCUGGACACCAAGGAGCGCUACAUCCCCAAGCAGCUGAACCCCAUCUUUGGAGAUUCAGCAUCUCUCCCUGCUGAGCCAGAGCUGACCGUGGCUGUGUUUGAUCAUGACCUCGUGGGUUCUGAUGACCUCAUCAGAGAGACCCACAUUGAUCUGGAAAACGGAUUCUAUAGCCACCACAGGGCGAACUGUGGGCUGGCGUCCCAGUAUGACGUGUGAGUCCAGCAGGGCCCUCAGGAGGAUGCCUACAGUGCCUGGCGUGACGCAUUUCGGCCUUCGCAGAUCCUGGCGGUGCUCUGCCCACCCUGUGGCCUCCCCCCACCUGAAUACCGAGCCGGGGCUGUCAAGGUGGGCAGCAAACUCCUUCUGACACCGCCAGAGACCCUGGUCCCUGAGGAGGCCCAGGCAUUGCUGGUGCUGCGGCGCUGGCAGGAGACACCUGGGCUUGGGAUCCAGCUGGUACCUGAGCACGUAGAAACACGGCCCCUCUACCAUCGCCGCAGCCCAGGGCUGCUGCACCUCUUCCUGUGCCCUCAGGGAUCCCUUCAUGUGUGGAUUGACAUCUUCCCCCGAGAUGUGCCUGCCCCACCUCCAGUUGACAUCAAGCCUCGGUGGCCAAUCAGCUAUGAGCUCAGAGUCAUUAUAUGGAACACGGAGGAUGUAGUUCUGGAUGAUGCAAACCCACUCACUGGAGAGACGUCGAGUGACAUCUUUGUGAAAAGCUGGGUGAAGGGGCUGGAGCAAGACAAGCAGGAGACAGACGUUCACUUCAACUCUCUGACAGGGGAGGGGAACUUCAACGGGCGCUUCGUGCUCCGCUUUGACUACCUGCCCACCGAGCGAGAGGUGAGCGUCCGUUGCUGGCCUGGACCCUUCGCCCUGGAGGAAACUGAGUUCCGGCAGCCGUCUGUGCUGGCCCUGCAGGUCUGGGACUAUGACUGCAUCUCCGCCAACGAACGACUUCCUUGCUCUGGACCUGCACGAUCCCUGGAGCUGCAGCUACCGGACAUGGUGUGAGGGGCCCGGGGCCCCGAGCUCUGCUCCGUGUGGCUGGUCCGGGCCGGGGCCGGGCCCAGGUGUAAUCUGUUUCGCGGCCGCCGCUUGCGGGGCUGGUGGCCUGUAGUGAAGCUGCGGGCGCCGGGCCGAGGAGAGGCUCAGGCUGGCAGGAAGAGGAGGAGGAAGAGGAGGAGGGGCCGGCCAGAAGACUUAGAGUUCUCGGGCUCAGGAGGCAACGUCUACAUCCUCACGGGGAAGGUGGAGGCAGAGUUUGAGCUGCUGACUGUGGGGGAGGCUGAGAAACGUCCAGUGGGAAAGAGGCACAAAGAGCCGGAGCCCCCGGAGAAGCCCAGCCGCCCCAAAAUCUCCUUUAACUGGUUUGUGAACCAGCUGAAGACCUCCGUCUUCUUCGUCCGGCGCCGGUACUGGCGAAUCCUGCUGCUGCUGGCGGCGCCGAUCACUGUCUUCCUCCUCCUCCUCUUCUACACCAGGCCUGGCCUGAUCAGCCAGGUCACCGUCCGCCCCCUCCACCGCCCCUGA